GAAAUAUUAUUAGACCAUGCCAUCGUAGCUAACGCUGAAUUGUUAUUAAGUAUCGUUAAUCCUACAAACCAUGGUUAUAUAUUUUAUCAUUUAAAACCACUUACACCAUUUACUUCGACAAUUUACGAAGUAAUGCUUGAAUUCAAAAGUAAACAUGAACAACAGGAAUUUUCUGAUAAAAAUCUAGAAACGAUUAAAGAACGCUUAUCUCUUUGGUUGACUCCAGCAAAAAAUUGGGAUAAAAGAGAAACUUUAUUUUUACUUGAAUAUCUGAAUGCUAAUCAGACGAAUGUUUUACAACUAAAAAGACGUGGUUCUAUAGCUAACAAGGUGAGACCAUCUCUCUGGGUUGGUGCUUCCAAUGCGUUACAUGAAAAAAAUUGCUUUCGCUUGUCUUAUCAAUGUGAGCUGAAGUGGAAAAAUUUACAGCGGGCUUAUAAUAAAUAUGGCCCUAAGCUUUGGUGUUGGUCAAAAGUUGAAGCAAUUCUCGGUAAAAAGAGUUCUAGCAUUAAACGACAAAAUUCGGUUGAAUCAGAUGAAUUUAUUCAGUCGGAUUUAGAAUAUCCU